AUGUCGACGACAACAACGACCACAAUGAGGAAGGUCGGUGGCGGAAAGACACGCUGGGGGGAGAGAAGGGACGUGCGACGAGGAUAUUCACGAGGUAUACUGCCUCUCUUCGCGCCAGCCUCCCUGCACACGCGUCCCUGCUCCUGCACGUCCCCCGCCCCUGCACUCCUGUCCUCGACCGCCGACACCGCGCGCGUGGACCUCUCCUGCGGCCGCGCUUGCGAAAAGUGGCUCGCGUGCGGGAACUACGUCUGUGUGGAGUCGUGCCAUCCCGGCGCGUGUCCGAGGCAGUGCAGUGCUAGUGCAGGAAAGUGGAGAAGCAGCUUGCAUACAGGGAGGGAGAGAAGAAGGCGUGCGCCGUGGUGCAUAGAGACGGCGAGGAGGAGGAGGAGCAGUGGGUCGGGUCGUUUGAUUGCGGGAAUUCGUGCGAUCGCUGAGCUGCUCACUAGUGAGAACUCGGCGCCAACUCCUGCCAUAGUUAUCGAGCUGCAGUUUCGACUGCAGGACAUUCAAGCCUCUCUUGCCUGCUUCAUCGAUAAGAUCCGCGCCAUGGAGGGUAUGCUCUCUGGGCACAAAGCCAUCAAGCGUGAAGUUAGCACCCUCCGCGAGCUGAUAAAGGAAAAAUGCGAAUUAGACAGCGUACGCGGCAGACAAUGCUCAGGGACGCUGCGUGCCAAGGACCACGACGACAGCGAGUACGGCGGCGACGACGAUGACGCGCAGAGUAUCGCAACCGUCAUGCCCCACGAGCUGGAGUGCGUCGAGGAGGAGGACGAGGAGCAGCUGGCGGCGGAGGAAGAAGAAGAGGAGCGGCGGCGGCGGCGGCGGCGGCGGCGGCGGCGGAGAGAUGAGCUAGGUCGACCGAUAACACCGGAGCCUACAGGGAUGGGCAUGGACAUCCAUGGCAGAUCCAAAAUGCACCUUGACGUGCUCAACAUGCACUCACGAUCGCCGCCGCCCCCUCUACGAGAGCCUUUUGCUCUUCAGCCUUCGACGUCUUCCGUGUUCGAGGAGCGCAUCGAUGCCCUCACCUCUCACCUCGAAUCUGCGCUCGAGCUCUCACGCACGCUCCAAGCUCAGCAGGCUGCUGCGCAGAGUACCACCUCCAUGCUUGAGUCCAAGGUCUCCUUGCUCGAGUCACUCGUCCAGGCGUCGCAGACCGAUAUACAGUCGCAUGUCACUGAGGGUGUCGAGGGCUAGUGGAGCGGCGUCCGUGAGGAAUGGGCUGAGGAGCGCAUGCGGAUCAAUCAGGCGCGUGAGGUUUGGGAGGCGCGCGUGCGGGCUGCUGAGGAGGGGUUUGACGGCGCCGUCGCGAAGGUGGAUGCCGGGCUCGCGACGCUGCAGCAACACCGACUCAAGGCGAACGUGAACGAGCGCAACGGUGUCAGGCUCGUCACACCCCCCAGUCCACGCAACAUCUCGUCUGACUCGGGCAAGCGCCAUCGGCGGAAACGAUCGACAAUCUCCCGAGGCCGAUCGCGUUCGCACUCGGCCGAGUCGAACAAGGACGACGGUGGGUACGCGAGCUCAUUCGAGGGCGUGACACUGCUCGAUGACAAGCGCCAGUCAGCUUCCAAAGCACGCACGCGAGUGCCCCGGGCGCAGGAUGAUUCGGAUUCGGACGUGCGUCAUGCAAGCGACGAUGCGAGGAUCAUGUCCUUGAAGCACUAUGCCAUCACCUCAGAGUCGUCGGUCCAGAAGGCAUCGACAGGGUCCACGACGACGAUGACGACGGAGGAUGACGCUGCACACGCCUCGUCUGCCGCCGCCGCCAAUCUGAAGGGCGCACACCUGGCGCCAAUGGUUCAACAUUCAUGCCGUCGAGUUCACCUAACGUCUUGGACAGUCGACCCGCGAGGGCAGGUGAAACCUGGUGCAACUUGUCCGUCGACGGCCGAAGCCGUAGCGUCUGCUGCCAAACGACGGACCGGCCAUGCUCCAGCAGCUCUAUCGCAUGCUCCAGCUCCCCCUCUCGAAUCGCGUGUGCAGCCGCGCGGGAGCUUUCGAUCGGGCUCUUCGCGAGAAUGUCAUGUCGCGCCUGCACAGACCGCCCUAUAUUCGCCGUGCGAAGCUGUUGCUGCAGGCGCGCGUCGAACACCGACAUCCGAGGCAUGACGGUGUUUCGUGGCGACGGCCUCCCAUAUCCUAGUGUACCGCAGACAGUGUCCGCUCGGAGCAGUCGUCGAGGUCGCUGCCUGGGCGUACAUGUGCAGGCACUCAUCCAGGUCAUUCACGUCUCCUCGCGAUUCAUACCUCGCGUAUACGGUUGCGGUGUAUGAGCACUCGCCUAUUUACAACGUUGUCUCGUGACAAUGUUACUGGUAUGCGGCCGUCAUCUACGACGUCUUCUGCGCCCGCCUCGGUGGCAGAUCAGUUGAUCACGCACUCCGUGGCCCUCUCCGUGCCGGGCGCUUCCUCACAAUUUUCACCAUCCAGCCCAAAGACCCACCACUGGACUGCGUUCUGCCACGUUACAAUCACCAUUUCACGAAAGUUGUGGAAAAGGCGAGGACUGAUCCUAAUAAUGCGAGGUUACAGGCAGCGGAAGCACGGGCGAGGGAGGAGGCAGCGGCGAGGGCACAGGCCGACGCGAGGGCAAGGGAGGAGGCAGCGGCGAGGGCACAGGCCGACGCGAGGGCAAGGAGGUUAGAGGAUGAGAUUGCCUUCCUCCGACAGCAGCUGGCGGCGCAGGGCUAUGCUGGCCCAUCCAAUAGGGCAGUGUAGACUUUGUUUUGUUUCCUAUAUCUGUUCCGCGUCUGUUUUGGUUUGAGUGCUUUCGAUGCUUUCGGUGCUUUCAGUACAUGUACCCGUUCUGUACGCAUAGUCUUUCUCUCAUAACAUGCGAUGUUUUCCGCGGUCCC